AUGACCCAGCUAGGCUUUAAGCGUCAGUAUGGGCUCGUCCCACUACUAAACCAAUGGUGGGAUGACGUGCAACAUCUGCAGAACCUUAGCAAUAUAUCACGGGAAAUCUGCGAAGACUUCGGCUUUCAAUAUCGAAACGACGCCAAUACCUCAAAAACGACUCUCCAGGAUGCCAGAAUUCCCGGAGCCUCGGCCAGUGAUAGAGUGGGCUUGGUCAUUAUAGGUGAUAAAGAUUUGUCUCAUGACGGUGGAAAUUCCGGCAAUCUAGGCUUGACGUUGGAAAUAUCGAACAGAAGGCUGCCCAUAAAAACGACAACUCUGGCCGUGCUUCAGAGUAAUGAGCCACCAUCCAGUGCCGUGACCUGGACCUGUCAUCACGAUGUCCAACACAUCUCCGUGAAGGUACACAGCACCCUCUCCUCCGUGUAUCUCAACAAGAAGAGCACAAGCCAUGUUCCAAUCAACAGCAUCCAAAUCACGUAA